AUGGAAACCACCUCUGCCUCGUCUUCAAGGCGAUGGGCCCCGAUAUGUCCAAAUACAGACGGCUGUUCCCCAAGCAGAGGAUUUCAAAUAUCGAGGCAGCUACUUCUUGCCCUCUCCUACCUCCACGACACUUGCCAUGUCAUACACACGGAUAUCAAGCCGCAGAAUAUUCUAGUGGAAAAGCCGGCGAUCAAUACUAUGUUCGAGCAAGCGCCAUCCGAGGUAUUUCUGCCCGAAGACACGCCGCAGGGCCCACCAGGCGAUUUCUACAUGGAAUCAACCCAAAUAUCCUCCGCUGAGGAAGAUCUUACACAGCCAACCGACCUGUCCGUCAGACUCGCCGACUUUGGAACCUCAAGUUGGUUUGACCGGCAUUUGACCGAGUGGAUUCAGCCGCAGAUGCUCCGGGCGCCAGAGGUGAUUCUCGGCGCGGACUGGGACUACAAAGUUGACAUUUGGAACCUGGGCUUGGUUCUAUGGGAGCUUACUGAAGGGCAACUUCUCUUUGACGGGAGCUGGACCCCGGCGGCGCCCUACAGCGGCGAAGCUCACUUGGCGCAAAUGACGGCGAUUCUAGGCGAAAUGCCCAGCUCUCUUCUUGCGCGGUCCAAGAGACGGGACCAAUAUUUUGACUCGAAAGGCCACCUCUUGAAGUCGUCUUUUCCGCCAUGCUCCCUGGGGCAGUUCAGCAAGGUGCCCAAUCUUUCGGAAGCCGAAACGAAGGCGUACUUGGAUUUCAUCAAGUCCAUGAUCAGGAUGGAUCCGGAGCAGCGGCCUGAUGCGAGCGAGUUGUUGGAGUCCCCUUGGUUGAGGUAA